AUUACAAGCGACGUGAAUAGAAGAACCAUUUUCAGACAAUUUUUUGAAACGCAUGAUCUUUGCUCUUGUUGCUCUCAAGCACUGAAGCGAUGGUUGUUCUGCAACGGGCCUGGAUGCUUCGUAUGAAAGCUUGAUGUGGCCAGUAUGAACACCAAACAUUUGAGAUAUGUAGAAUGAGGACAUCUGCAUGGACGAACGGCUGCUAAACAGGGUCUUCAACGAGGCAGCGGCUUCUGAGCAGGCGCUGCAGUCUGCCAAACGGCGAAAGGAGAGCAAAGACAGCGCUGAGAAGGGCGCUGAUGAUGCCAAUCUCGACACCAGUGCUCCCAUGCAGGCCAGUGAUGCCAUCAAGCGCAUCCUGUCUGCAAAGAAGGAGAAAGACUGGUUCAGGCUGCUGGAGCUAGCACCGCCAGAGAUGGAUGCACUGGGGCGCACGGUGUGGGACGUUCCCUCCGCAGAAGUCUCCAAGGCGUACCGUCGGCUGUCGGUGCUGGUGCACCCGGAUAAGAACCCCGGCCCCGAAGCGCGCGAAGCGUUCGAGUGCCUCAACGAAGCGCACCGGCUGCUGCGCAGCCGCGGCCAGCUGGAAGAGGUUCUGAAGGAGCACGCUGACUCAGCGCGCAAGCGCAAGGAAGCUGCCGAGGCAGCUGCCACCCCGGAGGAGCGUGUGGUGCUCUAUGCUGCCAAGAAGGACGCAGCAAAAGAGCUCCAAAAGCGAGAGGGUGAGUCAUUCCAGGCUGAGAUUGUGCGGCAGAUGAGGGAGAAACAGCUGGCGGCCAAGCGCAAGCGAGAGAUCCGCUCCAGCUACAGGCGGGAAGAGGAAGAACAGGACGAGUUUGCAGCGACAGUAGAGGAGGAGAAAGCAGAGAGAGCAGCCAGCGCUGUCAAGAAGCCGGCUGCAAAGAAGAGGGGCGGCAAACCCAGCAUCAUCUUCUGACAGCUGCACUAGUCAAAUCAAGACUGAGAUGCAACUGCAAGGACAGACACAUGGGCCGUAGAUAGGCCCGUAUAUUUUUGGCAGGGAUGCUUCAAACUGAGGCAUGGCAUGGUGCACUGGGUGUUUGGGAAUUUAUUUGCCGUUAACUAACACGGUGGUUCAUCUGUGCAAUGCAUGCAGUGCUCCUACUAGCUAGAACGAAUGACAUGAUCGCAGAACUCAAUGCUGAACUUCAUCUGGAACUUUGGCGAAGUAUUUGUCGGGCAAGCUGUGCAAGUUCGAUUUAAAUACUGAAGGAAGG